AUGGCUUUCAAAAACGGACUUAGUGAACGCCUCGACGAGCUGCGAUUUCCGUCUCCACGAUCCCCUCCUUCUGAUUCACCGUUCCCUGGCUAUAAUGCGCUUUCUCCGACCCAUUCGAACUUCGUUUCGGCAUUCUCGCGCCCAUCGGGGGACGUCCGCGCCAAUCUUCAACGCCGCUUCACGACAGAUUCGAGCAAAUUGUCCUCAUGGAAUUAUAUAAAUGGUGUUGGUGGGAGUGCACAGGCGCAGGACCCUCUAGAUCUCCUCACAUCGUUUGAGAAAAAGCGUCAGCAUAUCGAAUAUAUGCGAGAGCAGAGACGGCGAUUCGAGGAAGACAUGAAACUCUUAGACAUGCAACACGAGAAAGAGAAGCUGGAGAUGGAUCAACUCGCCAAGGACCUCGCCAAAGCUGGUCUGUCUGGGCCCGUCAGUGAGCCGACGACGCCGCCGGAAUACCAUGACAGCAACCUCCCUGGCUUUACCCGCCCGACUCGAUUCUCAACUUCCAGCGUCACUUCGUCUCCCGGCUUCUUUAACGUAUUUGCGCCAUCUCAAGUGACGACUCCCCAGAGCCAAGUGAACCAUAGCUCUGCACAGACUCCCACAAAUCGGUUCUCUGUUCACUCCGUGCCUGGCUCUCGAAGAAAUUCUGAGAAGGAAGACUUCAGCCAGGAGCCUGCAUCACCUUUUCGUCCUGGGCCAUCCAUUCACCGGUAUUCCAUGCCUUCAUCUGGGUUAGGCUCCCAGAUUCGCCCUAAUAUGACAUCUUUCGAUCGGUCAUCCGGUCUUGAAUCUUUCAACGCUGCAAAGUACUUAUUUCACAGCGAAGACGACCGAUCCAUGUUGAAGGACGAGGAUCGAAUCCCAACGCCCGAUAUCAGGAGCUAUCUCAAAUUGACGGACCCAGACGAUAAGUUUCCCACGCUCUCACGACGUGACGACUCAGGCUUGUUAUCCGCGAACUCAGAUGCCUUAGACUUGGCAAAUUCGCGUACCCCGAAUCCUGAGACCUGGAACUCUCACAGCCGUCAUCGUACUUCGCACCAGAGCAUGCCUCAGAAUGCACUGAACAUGUUCCGCCUAGAACAGCUUGGGACGGACGAGAACCAUGCUCACUCGACCACUCCUGCACGUCACGCCGCCAGCCACUCGCUUGAGGCUAAUAUUAUCUACAGCACUGACGGCAAUAACGAAAGCAUGUCUGCCACAAUUUCUAACCGACCUACAUCGCUACAGUCCUCUUACUCGACGAACGACCUCCCCACAGUCAAAGGCGAUGCCUUCAACCCAGCUAUCACCCCUCCCAAGACUCAUGCUGAGCAUUUUCAGCAACACAAUACCAAUCUCGGGCGAAUCCCGGGCGCUGGUCCUGCCAGUCGCCUUUCUAAGGAGUCACCCGAACACGAGGAGGCCAAACUUCAGAGCACCCGAUCUCAGCAGACGACUCUUCAAGCCAGUGCUGCCCCCUUCGGUCCCCAGCUCACCACUGGAGCCGGAGGUGUUAACAUGGCUGCGCCCACUACACUGACUCCCUUCCAGCCGCCUUUCUACGGUUACGGUAUUCAAGCUUUCAUGGGUGCUCCUGCGCAGCUUCAGGCGUACAAUCCCGCGGCCCCCUUUAGUGGCUAUCCCGCCGCUUACGGACAUUUUCGUCCUGGGGAAGCCCCAGCCAAGGGAGCCAGCACUCGUCGGAGUGGUGAUGCGGAUACUGCCCAAUUGUCUCGUUUCACCAACUUCCCGCUUGAACAUUAUCAGGGCGAGUUGUAUAGCCUUUGUAAAGACCAGCACGGGUGUAGGUACUUGCAGAGGAAGCUGGAAGAGCGUAGCCCGGAACAUGUUCAGAUGAUUUUCGAUGAGACUCACAUGCAUGUUGUUGAGCUUAUGACAGAUCCGUUUGGAAAUUACUUGUGCCAAAAACUGCUGGAGUAUUCAAAUGAUGAGCAGCGCACGGCUCUAAUCAACAAUGCUGCACACCAGCUAGUGAAAAUCGCGUUGAACCAGCACGGUACGCGAGCUCUGCAGAAAAUGAUCGAAUUUAUCUCGACUCCGGAGCAAACUCAGACUGUGAUUCAUGCUUUGAAAGAUCAGGUGGUAGAGUUGGUGCAGGACCUCAAUGGAAACCAUGUUAUUCAGAAGUGCCUGAACCGUCUCUCUGCAGAAGAUGCUCAGUUCAUUUACGAUGCUGUUGGUGCCAAUUGUGUGGUCGUUGGGACUCAUCGGCAUGGAUGCUGUGUCUUGCAGCGCUGUAUCGAUCACGCCUCCGGCGAGCAGAGGGCACGUCUCAUUGCUCAGAUCACGUCCAACGCAUUUGCGCUUGUUCAGGACCCAUUCGGAAAUUACGUUGUGCAGUACAUUCUGGACCUCGCAGAGCCUCACUUCACCGAGCCUCUGUGUCAGACUUUCCGUGGCAACAUUCCUGCCUUGUCCAAGCAGAAGUUCAGCUCGAAUGUCAUUGAAAAGUGCUUACGUACUGCUGACAUCCAAAUCAGACGUCAGCUGAUUGAUGAGAUGCUGGCAGGUGCGGAACUCGAGAAGAUGCUGCGGGACUCCUUCGCCAAUUACGUCGUACAAACAGCCAUGGACUUCGCAGAUGCUGACACACGUACACGCAUUGUUGAGUCCAUCCGGCCUAUCCUACCAUCAAUUCGUCAAACCCCGCAUGGUCGUCGCAUUGCCGGCAAAAUGCUGGCUUCGGACGGCUCUGGAAGGGGAAGCGCUACCACCAGUGGCCAGGUCACACCAAACGAGAUGAACUCUGCCCAACUUCCUGGCCCUAUGCAAAGUCCAACGCAGAAAUCAUUCCUGUACCAACACAACCCGUUCCCUAUCUCUAAUGCCGGCUCACAUUUUGGGAAUCAGACAUAUGUCUACGGUGCUGGCUCCUCCGUUGCAGCCUCGCACCAAGGUUCAGGCGGAGCUGGCGACAAGCCCGGCCUCUUCGCUUCGGCAAUUCAGCAGCCCAGCAGCAAUCACAACACUCAGAAUCCAGUCUCAAGCCCCUCCACUAUUGUCGUUCACGGUAUCUCCGCUACCUGCAAGACCACCAUCGUCCGCAAUGUGCUGGCCGCCCUCGACGUCCCGCAUGCUCUCGUCCGCAGUCCCGAGUGCAUCACCGGCCGCCACUUACUCACCAAGAUUCUGUGGGCUACCCUCGGGGCGCUGGGCAAACGCGACGCGUGGGAGAAGUACGGCAAGGGGCGGUGCGAACACGUUAGUACGCUCGCCGUGCUGCUGAAUGAGUGUCUUUCCUCUGCAGCAUCGUCUGCUUCGAAUCCGCCGGCCGAGCAGCACAAGCGCUCUACAACAGACAAAUUCGUGCUCGUUCUCGAUGGCAUCGAUAAACAGAGAGAGGCUCCGCCUACGUUACUGGCUGCGCUGGCUAGAUUGGGGGAGGUGAUUCCUUCGCUAUGCGUCGUCCUAAUCCUCAGCACUACUCCGCGACCCCUCUUUCUACAUUCCGCCGGCGUCCCGCAUAUCAGUUUCCCACCCUACACGCGUAGUGAAGCCACGACCAUCAUCUUAAACAGCGGACCGCCACCGGCUACCGCCUCCAUUGGCCUGUCGGAUGCGGCCGCGUCCACCAUAUACCCGCAUUUCGUAUCGGCCGUCUACGACUCCCUGGUGGGACCGACAGCCAGCUCCAUCCCUUCCUUCCGAUCAAUCUGCGAGAAGCUCUGGCCGCGAUUCGUGGCGCCCAUCACGACGGGCGAGACACCGCUCGGCGGCACAGGGGAGUGGGACUUUACUCGGUUGCUGGUCAAAAACCGGGCGCUCUUCCGGCAUCAAGGGGCGGCCUUGCUGGUGCAUCACAUUGUCACGGAAGAAGAUGAUACGGAGUUGCCUGCUGUGACCACGAAGGGCCGGGCAGUUGUCUCCGCCUCUACCUCCAACAAGCCGAAAUCAGCCCCCUCUCCGCUACCUUCCUUACCAUACUUCCCCACCUUGAUCCUAACCUCAGCCUAUCUCGCCUCGCACACGCCGCAGCGGCUGGAUACUAUUUUCUUUUCCAAGUUCUCGUCGUCAUCUCUAUCCGCACGGAAUAAACGCGCGCAUCACCGGCGCCGGCUGAAGCUGCUCUCGCGGGCCCAGCUGGAGGAGGCUGCCUCGUCGGCGGAUCCGUCGAUCCCGGGCGGUAGAAAGAAGGGCAAACGCACCAAGACGAAAAUCACCAAAUCGACGCUAGAGUCGGCCUUUGCCACCACGUCCGCCACGACCUCAGCUGUUGGUGGUGGCGGUAGCAUCACAGGCCCCUCAACCAUCCUUACCGCGCGCCCAUUUCCCUUGGAGCGCCUGGUCGCCAUCUAUCAUGCGAUCGACCCUAAUCCCCCCGCCAAUCCGAUUCGGAUGGCUGCAGUAUCUGAUGCGAUCUAUGCCGAGUUGGCUACAUUGCGGCGGCUACGGCUGGUGGUGCCUGCGGCGGGUCGCGAGGGUCGUGUUGGGUUAGGGUCUGGUGGGUUGAGUAGUGGGAAUACCACAUCGGAUACAGGAGAGAAAUGGUGUGUGAACGUUUCCGGGGAUUGGAUCGGAGAAUUGGCGAAGACGGUGGGCGUUGAGGUGGGAGAAUGGUUGGCAGGUGGUUUGGACUAG